AGCCGAAAUCAGUCAGAUUUCUCAGGAUUUUUCAGAAUUUCCAUAUAACGAAAAUUUUUCAGAUUUUUAAAAUAAAUUUGAAACAUUUUUCAGAAAUUAUUUUAUUCUUUGAAGAAUACGUUAUGGAUAGUCGACAUAAAUUUGUUAAUCAUAUAAAUAUACAGUUCUUUUAGCUGAUGUGAGCCCAUGCAAUAUAAACGCACGUUAACGCACAUGGAUGCAUUUCGUUUACAAUUAUUUGUGAUACCAAAUUUUUAAGUGUGAUUUUAUAAAAAUAAAUUUAAACUAAAAAUAAUAAUCUAGCUGAAUUAUACUUCGUAAACAUGGGAAAAUCGAAGAAACCAAAAAUCAGUAAAAUUAAAAGAAACAAUCAGACAAAAACAAAGCUUUCAAAGCAAGGGAAGCUUAAAUCUCGGCGACAUAAAUCAACAAAGAAACAGCCUCAGAAAUCAGCACCACCACGUCCAGAAAUAAUACAAGAGGAAGAAGAGAGUGAUCAUGGAGAAGAUCUGAUGGAUAUGGUUGAAGAAGAUGAUUUAAAUUUCCUAAAGAAUGCCAUAUCUAACAAAUCUUACAAUCUAUUGAAACAAAUUCAAUUAAAUGAAACAGACAAAAACUUAAGUGAGAAAAAAAGGAAAGAAAUAGAAAAUAAUCAGCCUUUGGAAGAGCUAUAUGAGAACAAUGUAUCGAAAAUUGUGGAGGAGACAGGAGGGAAGUCAGUUCGUAUGCUGCUUCCAAUAAAAACGCAAAAUGGAUUUAUAAAGAAACGUAUUAUUGAAGAAGAUAAUAAAAUUUCAAACAAAGAAGAAAAUAAAAGUACAAAUGAUAAUAGCCAAGAAGAAAGCAAAGAGAAAGAAGAUAGUGACACAGAAAUGAAUAUGGAUACACAUAAUAACUUGCAAGUAACUGAUAAACCAGUAUCCACCAUUGAACUUUUGGCACAUCGUGAAGAAAUACUCAGAUCUAAGCGUUUUAAAAUAGGUAUACUUUCAAGUGGCAUAUUGGAAAACCCAGAACUUAAGUCAGGAAAUUUCAAGAUAUUGCUAGACAUGAUGGAUGAAAGAACUUCUGAAGUUUACAUUACAAUCAGGAAAUUGGCAAUGGUGUCUCUUCUAGAAGUUUUCAAAGAUUUGCUUCCAUCAUAUAGUAUCUUGCAGAUUACUCAGGAAGGAGUAAAGCUGAAGAAAGAUACACUCACGCUACAUAAUUAUGAAGCUACUUUGUUAAGGAGUUACAAAGGCUAUUUGCAGAGGCUCGAGAAGAUAUCCAAGAUUUUGAGAAAAAAGAAAGGGAAUAUGCAAUUGGUAAACGAACCUGAAAUGCAAUUGGGCGAAACGGCUGUAUUGUGUAUGUGCGAGCUUCUUACCAUCCAUCCGUACUUCAAUUUCUCCGUUAAUAUAGCUAAUUACAUCCUUCCUUUAUUGGAUAACAAACGGAGCAGUGUAAGAGAGAAAGUUGCGCAAUGUAUCUCUCAAAUAUUCAAAGAAGACAAACGUGGUCAGCUAUCUCUCACAAUAGUUCGAAAGUUAAAUCAGUAUAUUAAGUCAAAGAAACACUCUGUACACCCUGAGGUGAUAACGGUGUUACUGGCCCUUCGCAUUAAAGAUGUCAAUCUGGACAAAGAGAAGGAAGACGAAACGAAGCAAAAGAAACUCAUGUCUCAUAAACAAAGAAUUCUAGCGUUAAGCAAACGGGAGAGGAAAAAGAACAAGAAGCUAGAGCAAGUGGAGAAAGAAAUGCUUGAGACAAAGGCUGAGGAGAAUAAGCAAGCGAAACACAAGAUACUCACGGAAAUAACGGGCAUAGUAUUUACUAUAUACUUUAGAAUUCUAAAGCAAGCUCCCAAUAGCAAAGUGUUGUCUGUAUGUCUGGAAGGAUUAGCCAAAUUUGCGCAUUGUAUUAAUAUAAAUUUUUACCAAGAUUUAGUGAGCGUUAUAGAUAGAUUAAUAGAUGAAGGUAAUUUGGGAUUAAGAGAACAAUUGCAUUGUGUUCAAUGUAUAUUUACAAUAUUAUCUGGACAAGCUGCAGCGUUGAACAUCGAUCCAUACAGAUUUUAUGUGCAUUUGUAUAAAAAUAUAUUGAAAGUCCAUUGUGGGAGGACGCACUCGGAAACUGAGAUCGUGUUGCAGACGUUGCUGCAAAUUCUCAUUCAUCAACGAAGAAGGAUCACACAGACACGUAUGAUAGCUUUUGUAAAGAGACUAAGUACACUAGCAUUGCAGUCGCAGCAUAAUGCGACUUUAGGAACUCUUGGUAUUAUCAAGCAAGUGAUGCAGCUUAUGAAAGCGGCUCAUGUUUUAUUGGAUACUGACUGCACUGGUGACGGUCAUUAUCAAAGUGAAAUCGAGGAACCCGAUCAUUGCAACGCCCAUUGUACCGCGCUGUACGAGCUUGUUGCUUUACAGCGUCAUUAUCAUAGUGUAGUACGACAAUUUGCUAAAAAUAUAGCGUAUGCCACACCUACGAGCGGCGAGGGUAGUUUGACUAUCGAAACUGCGAAAUUAUCACCAGAAGAACUUUACACGGAAUAUGAUCCUGCAGGUAUAGCAUUUAAACCUGCUGUACCUGUUCCAAAGAAAACUCCAGUUAAAAAAGCACCGAUUGAUUAUAGUAUGAGUUCUGAACUCGAAGAAUAUGUUAAUACUGUCGAUGUCAGCAACUUAUUUGCAGAUGGGCAUGUAGAUUUUUAUAAAGCCUGUAAAAAUAAUUUGUAAUACAUAAUAAAAUGGGAUGUAUGUAAAAUAUAUCAAUGCUUUUAUCAAUAAACUGAGCAACAAUA